UUUGAAGCACACUCAUGUUCACAAACGUCUGUGGAAGAAAACAGAUCAACUACUUAAAAAAAAACCCAACUCCAAAACCAAGACAAAUAAGGUGGAAUAUUAUAUUUCUUACUAAAACUUUUUACAAAAGAAAGUGUGCUGACCAUGACUGAUCUAAACUUACGUGUAAAUAAAAUUUAGAAAACCUGCAUCUCAUUUUCAUUAAAAGUUCAUAGAAAACGGCUAUUUUACUUCUUUAUAACUGAUCUUAGCAAAAUGCCUCGACAGGAAUGAAGGAAAGGAGAGUGACCUAUGUGUGCAGAGGAGUGGAACAGGCGGCUUUCAGUAGUGGAGUGUAGGAAUCCAGCCUAGGGGUCCAUAGGGUCCUGAGGGUCUCCUAGUUACAGGAAAAAAAAAAAAGAUUUCCGGUUUUCAAAAGGUCGAUGAAGAAAUGGGUGCUCAGAGGAGCAGUGCCCACUGAAUAAGAGCGCUUGUUUGCACACGGUUAGGCAGCAAGGCAAGCUCCAGAACCCAAAUUCUCCUUCGGCACAGCAUCUCGCACCCUGAAAGCUAACGGAGAACCCCCGAAAAAAUCCUCAGCUCCUUUCAGAGAAUGGUGUCCCAGCCGACCCUGGGCGAUCCUCGGGACGGUGCAGUGCUACGCUUCCCUCGCUCCCAAACCUGAAGGAGCCGCUGCGCCGGGAGCGGCCGCUCUUCCCUCUCCGCCCUGCUCCUUUAGCGCCACACACCCAACGGUGGGAAGGGGCCAGCGGGGCUCUGCCCCCCGGCUCCGCUCCGGGAAAUCCCCCGGCAGCUCCCGGCAGGGAAUAAAAGCACGGGAGGGAAAGGUUGUCAUCCCGCCGGCAUCUGCACGCUCUCCGCCGCCAGCACCAGCCAUGAGUCCGCAUCUCCGCCUCCUCCUCCUCCUGGCCGCCGCCGCUCUGUGCCAGGGUGCGCCGCUGGCCGGGGAGCUGCGCUGCCGCUGCGUGCGGACCGUGUCCGAGGUGAUCCCGCCGCGGCGCCUGGCCCGCCUGGAGUUCCUCGCCGAGGGGCCGCACUGCGCCGUGCCCGAGGUCAUAGCCACGACGAAGCAGGGACAGAUGGUCUGCCUGGACCCCGCCGCGCCCUGGGUCAAGCUCCUGGUCACCAGGAUCCUCCGCAGUUCACCCAACAAGCUCUGAGAGAAGGAACAUCUUGGAAUGAAGUUACCUGUUUGCCACAAGAUACCGGGAAACAGAUGCUACGAGGACACAACAGCUCACCUCUCCAGUUUUGAUGAGUUUGUAGAUCAGAUGUUCUAUGUUCUAUUCCCUCUCCUCAAAUCCUGUGUAUGGUUUUAUUGACUGAGAUAAAGUGAUAGAAUCCAUUUGAUAAGACAGUGGAAGCGUCGCUGGACACCUCUCAGCAGCAUUCUCACAAUUUUCUCCUCCUUUGUGCAAGCUCCUUCCUGCCAAAUACUAUUUGCUGAUAAGUGCUUAUAAAAUAGCAUUAAUACCUGAAAAGAAGAUGGGCCCAUCGUGAAGAUGAUUUUGCAAAUGUCUGCAGAGUGUGACAGGAGAGGUUUGAAUGGAUCCUGUGAUGAUUGGAGGUAAUCCUUCUGCAGGAAUAACAAGAGUGCUGUCUGGCACUUAGGAUUUCAGUGCCUGUUCAGGUUACAUGGGAAUAAAACCUGGCUCAAGCAAGGAUGUUUUGCUGAAUCUCUUUUUCCUACUCCAGCUCACCAGCCUUUAAUGCAGAAUGCCUUGGAUCUUUUUGCACAAGAUACUGUCUAAUGAAAUCACAAAUUUUGCCCCUGAAGUCUUUUGCCCCUAUUAAAAACUUAGAGGUAUUUAUUAAUUUCUAUGAAAUUGUGGGGGUUUGUGCCGUGUCUGGUUUGGUUUUUAACCAGAUAGUGUUGAGGUUGGUUAGUUGGUUUGUUUAUAAAUGAGUUUACAUUGAAGUAUUUGGUAUUUAUGCACAAGAUCUAAAGGAACAGUAAGUGUUCUGGAGAGACUUAGACAUUUUAUGUCUACUUGUAUGACAUACUGUCAUAACUCAUAAAUAAUAACUAAUUUUCAUUAUUCUGCUUUGGAAAAUUGUACAUAAAGAGGCGGAUUUCUCAUGAUAAUGUUAUGAAAUAUAU